AUGGCGGUGUCGAAUUUGAAUCUGACACCGACUGUUCUUUCUUCUUCGUCGUCGUCUCGUUGCUGUUACUGUUAUUUAUAUCGAAAUUGCAACAGCAACUUUAACCACAAAAGUGAUUGUAAACGGUCUCUUCUUUGUUUAGGUUUUGUUAAGAAAACAAAUUCUUCCUCCUCCUCCUCCUCCUCUGGAAUUGGAAUUUCUGUUUCUAGGGUUUCGAGAAAGAGUGAUUUUGAAUCUAUGUGGAGUUUGAAUGCCACUACUGAUACUCGCAUUCUUGACAAUGCCGCCACCAGGACGGCCACAGCCACUGCUACAUCCACUGCCACUGUUGAAAUCCCCGUCACUUGUUAUCAGUGUUUCUCUGUAGCAUUUGUUUUGGUGUGUAUUUCUCAAGCCGGAGAUUUGCAGUGUCUGCUUAAUGGUGUAGAGCUUGUUGGUGUUCCUGAUAAAGCAGAGAAAGAUGAGAUAGUUAAGUCAGUGAUGCAAUUGAAAAAUGCUGAAGUAGAAGAGGGUUAUACCAUGGAUGCUGUUAUAUCACGCCAGGAUCUUUUAAUGGAUGUAAGGGAUAAGCUUCUCUUUGAACCAGAAUAUGCUGGGAAUGUACGGGAGAAGAUCCCACCUAAAUCCUCUCUACGAAUUCCAUGGGCUUGGUUGCCUGGUGCUCUUUGCCUGCUUCAAGAGGUUGGGGAAGAGAAGCUGGUGCUGGAUAUUGGCCGAGCAGCUCUCCAGCAUCCAGAUGCCAAGCCAUAUGUUCAUGAUGUGCUUCUAUCCAUGGCAUUGGCAGAGUGUGCAAUUGCGAAGAUUAGUUUUGAGAGGAACAAAGUGUCCCUUGGCUUUGAAGCUCUUGCUCGUGCUCAGUGUCUUCUUAGGAGUAAAAUCUCACUUGGCAAGAUGGCAUUAUUAUCUCAGAUAGAAGAAUCUUUGGAGGAGCUUGCACCUGCUUGCACAUUGGAAUUAUUAGGCAUGCCUCACUCUCCUGAAAAUGCAGAACGGAGACGAGGAGCAAUUGCAGCCUUGCGUGAAUUGCUCAGGCAGGGCCUUGAUGUGGAAACAUUAUGCAGAGUCCAAGACUGGCCAUGUUUCCUGAGCCAAGCACUUAACAGACUCAUGGCUACAGAAAUAGUUGAUCUUCUUCCUUGGGAUGAUUUAGCCCUCAUGCGCAAGAAUAAGAAAUCACUUGAGUCACAGAAUCAAAGGGUUGUGAUUGAUUUCAAUUGUUUUUACGUGGUGCUUUUGGCUCACAUUGCUCUUGGUUUUUCUAGCAAGCAAACAGAAUUGAUCAACAAAGCAAAAGCUAUAUGCGAGUGUUUGAUGGCAUCAGAGAGUAUUGACCUAAAAUUUGAAGAAGCUUUCUGCUUGUUUCUGCUUGGUCAGGGCAAUCAAGACCAGGCAGUUGAAAAGCUUCAGCAACUAGAAUCAAAUUCAAAUCCGGCUGCACGGAAUUUAGUCCCGGGAAAGGAGAUAAAAGAUGUCUCUGGUGCAAAACCAUCAUUGAGGGGUUUCAAGCCCCUUGUUCAUAAGGUGCCUUCCACUGUUACAUGGGCCCUUGAGUACCUCCAAUCCAAUAGCAUAUAUGCUAUUUGGGUUGGAUGCUUUAACAUGGAAACAUGGCUAAAGGAUUCUGUGCUUGCUGUCUUUUCAGAUACUAGAGACUGCUCUCCUUUUUUGGUGAAUUUUUUUGGUGGUGAAAAGAGAGCUAUUGGGAGCAAGAAAAGUAGAGUAACUGCACAAGCCACUUCUACUGUAUCCCAUCGACCGCUGUCUGAUGUUGCUAUGAAACGAAUGGAUUCUGGGGAAUCAUUUCCAUGUAUGAACUCUUCCCAACAUUUUAGGUCUGCUGUUAAGCAGUUGGCUCCAACUGAUUUGCAAAGCUCAUCGAUAUUGACGAAGAAUGGCAGUGGAAGCAACAUUAAUGAACCAUCAGUUCAAUUGAAGAGAGAUCUUGGUGCUCAAAAUAGAAAAACUUGGGAAAGUUGGUUACAACUGGAAGAUGUGGUUGGAAAGAUAAGUUUUGUUGCAGUAUUGGGAUGCAUUGUGUUUAUUACCCUUAAACUGUCAGGCAUGAGUGCAAGAAGGAUUAGUGUUGCAUCUAAAUUGAACUCUGAUAGAACUAGUAUGGGCACCAGUUCCAUUGCCUGGACAACAGAUUCUUCUCUUGAUCACAAUGUUCGCCCUGUUUAUAUUAGAGGGAGUGGUAUUACUGGAAGAAUGAGAAAGCUGUUGUCCAUGCUUAAAAUGCAGUUUAGAAACCAGUCAGAUCCUAAAAAAUUGCAAAGUUCAAGGCUUGCUGCUAGUAUAUCAUCUUCUAUGGCAACUGUAUCUAGGAAGCAAAUGCCUGUUAAAGAAGCUGAAGCUCUUGUUAAUCAUUGGCAAGCAAUUAAAGCUGAAGCUCUGGGUCCUAGCUACCAAGUUCGCAGCCUCACUGAAGUCCUUGAUGAGUCCAUGCUUGCCCAGUGGCAAGCUUUAGCUGAUGCAGCAAAAGCACAGUCUUGUUAUUGGAGAUUUGUUUUGCUGCAACUGUCCAUUCUGCAAGCUGACAUUUUCUCAGAUGGAUAUGGUGUGGAGAUUGCAGAAAUUGAAGUUCUCCUCGAGGAAGCAGCAGAGCUUGUUGAUGAAUCUCAGCAGAAAAACCCAAACUAUUACAGCACCUAUAGAAUCCUUUAUGUUCUAAAAAGGCAAGAUGAUGGAUCAUGGAGGUUCUGCGAAAGUGAUAUUCAAACAUCAUCAUGA